UGUUUUCAUUUUAUCGUUAUUUUGGUAUUUGCCAUUUGGUCGUAAAUCUGUAAAGCAAAUUACUUUUAUUUGUUAUUUAAAAUAUAAUAUUGAAAUUUUUUUAAAUAAGCUACACUAACAUAUCAUUUACUAAAUUUUUAUUGAAGUUUAUUAUAUUUAAAAUAUAAUGGAAACGAAAAUUAUUGUUGAACAACUUGAAGACAAACAACAAAUAGUUACAUAUAAAUAUUUGACUGAAAAAUUAAAUAUUCAUCCAAAUAAAGCAAAACACUUGUUAAAAGAAUAUGUUUCUAAACUCACUGAUGAUCAAAAAUACUCCAUUACAGUUGUUAUUGGAGGUGUACUUAAGGAAAAUGAUGGGUUUAGUAUUGUAUUGGCGUAUGAUGAUCAUGUUGAUACUAUGCGCCGACGUUUUAAACAAAUUGAUUUUGAACACAUUUAUAGUAUUCAACCUAUUAGCAGAUUUGACGAUAUAAAUAAUGCUUUAUAUUUAGUAGAUAAUUCAUCAAACAAUUAUACUAACUUGCCUUCAAGUAUUAAAACAAAAGAAAAAGGAAAUGAUUCAAUGCCUGAACAAACAGAUGCAAUUGAAAUGGAAAUUAAUUUACCUUUAACCGAACAGACAAACUUGUCACCUAAUAAAAUUCAAAAUCUUAAAAGUGAAAUAAUUACCAAUACAAAAUUAGAUAAAACACAGAAAAAAAAAAAUGGAUUUGAUUUCUUUAAAAAUAAUAAUACCAAUAACACAAAACAGGAAGAAAUUGAAAAAAAAGUUAUUACAAACAAGGCCAAUUCAAAUUUCUUCACAAAAUUCAAAAGUUCCAAUAAAAGUCCUUGCACAUCAAAUGGUUCUACUGAUUCCAAAAACAAGGUUACAGCAGAAGAAACUACAAAUGUGGAUUCUAAAAAUAAGGUUACAGCAGAAAAAACUACAAAAGCAAAUUCUAAUAACAAGGUUACAACAGAAAAAACUAUAAAAGCAAAUUCUAAAAUAAUAGAUUUAGAGCCUUCAAAAAUUGUACAUGACAAAGAAAAAAAUCUAAAAAAAGAAAAGAAAAAAAAAGAAAAUGCCAAUAAAAGUAAAAGUAAUCAAAAAAUUAAAAGAAAGCGUAUUCAAACUUUCGAUAGUUCAGACGAAGAAAUAGAUAGCGAAGAAGAAGAUAUGAAAAGAUCUGAACAUAUGGAUGUUGAGGAUGAUGUUGAUUUUGUACAGCCUACUCCACCACGUCCAACACCAAGAGAAAAUCGAAAAAAAGAGAAACAAACAACCACAUCCACAUUUAUAGAUGAUGAUGGUUUUGUCCAUACUACAAAAGAAGUUAAAAUUGUGGAAACAGAAUGUGAAUCAUUUUCGGAGUCCAAUGGAAACGACAAUACUCCUGAACCUAGAGAAUUAAAUAUUGAACCAGUUGUCAAGAAAAUUAAAGUUAGUGAAUCAGAUUCUGCAGAUAAGAAAAAGAACAAAAAUAAAAAAUCUAAAAAUAGUUCUAACCAAGGCAUGAAACAAUCUUCAUUAACUAGUUUUUUUAAAACAAAAUAAUGUAUUACUACAAUAUUUUAUUAAACACACAAAUAUUAACAUAUAAAUUAAAUAGUUUUAAUGUACCACCAGUAUAAUAAAUUAUAAUAUAUAAAUAAAUAUGAAGAAAUAUUAAAUUGCUAUAAUGUUAUUUUAA